UUUUAAUUAAGAUAUGAGAUAGUUCGCAAUCUCUUUGUUCAAAGUAUCGUAGAGACAAUUUGGACAAUUACCAAAAUUCUAUUUCUCAAGUAAUUGAUUAGAUAAAUUCAUUAGAAAAGGUAGUGAAUGUACCAACAAUGGGUGAUUCGAUUACAGAAGGAGAUGUGAAAGAAUUACAAAAAAGUAUAUUUAUUAAAUUUGAUAGUUAGAGGUUGGAGAUUAUGUGAAUUAAGAUGACGUGAUUGCAUUAAUAGAGACAGAUAAAGUCACAAUAGAUAUAAGAUGUGCUGACUCUGGUGUAAUUACUUAGAUGUUUGCAGCAGAUGGGGCUAAAGUAGAAGUUGGAAAACCAUUUUAUGAAAUUGAUACUUCAGCUGCUAAACCAGCUGGAGCUGCAGGAACUCCAGAAACUAAAAAAGAAGAAAAGAAAGAUGUGAAAUAAGAAUAAAAGUAAGAAGCACCUGCAGCUUAAAAGAGCACUCCUGCUCCAGCUGCAAAACCUGCUGAAAAGAAACCAGUAGCUCCAACUAUUACAAAUACAACUCAAAGAACAGAAAAAAGAGUAAUUAACUUAAUAUGAAAAUAGGAACCUAUGUCAAGAAUGAGAUAGCGUAUUGCAUAAAGAUUAAAGGAUGCUUAGAAUACUUAUGCAUUACUUACAACAUUUUAAGAAUGCGAUAUGAGUGCUGUUAUGGAAGCAAGAGAAGCUAUGUAGAAGGAUUUCUAAAAAAAACAUAAUGUCAAAUUGGGUUUCAGCUCAUUCUUUGUUAAAGCUGCUGUCAAAUAGUUGUAAGAACAACCUAUUGUGAAUGCAGUCAUAGAUGGCACUGAUAUUGUUUAUAGAAAUUAUAUAGAUAUUUCUAUGGCUGUAGCCACUCCAACUGGUCUUAUGGUACCAGUGCUUAGAAAUUGUGAACGUCUCAGUUUUGCAGAUAUCGAAAAAGUACUAGACAAUUUAAUUAUUAGACACUUAUUGAUUUAGCUGAAAAAGGAAGACAAGGCAAAAUCUCUGCUGACGAUAUGGUUGGUGGAACAUUCACUAUCUCAAAUGGUGGAGUUUUUGGAAGUUUAAUGGGAACACCAAUCAUUAAUGCUCCACAAUCUGCUAUAUUAGGAAUGCAUGCCAUAGUCAAUAGACCUGUUGUCAGAAAUGAUUAAAUUGUAGCUCGUCCAAUGAUGUAAGAUUUUUUUAUUAUUUUUUUUAGGUAUCUUGCCUUGACUUAUGAUCACAGAAUUCUUGAUGGAAAGGAUGCUGCUACUUUCCUUAAGAAAUUAGCUACUUCAAUUGAAGAUCCAAGAAGAAUAUUAUUAGAUGUUUGAAUUAUCUAAAUUUAUAAAAUCAAAAUAGGUUAAUUA